UGUAGACCUGUUUUAAUUGGCUCGUAAUCUGUAUUUUCGACAUUUUGGACAGCACGUGAAGGCAGCAGUGUUACCUCGGCGGGCGGCCUCUCCUCCUCGUGCCUGCAGCCGUCUUUCUAUUGGUCGGUACACACACACACACACACACACACACACUCCACAGAGCCGGUGCGCGCUACUCCCGCCGCAGUGUGCAUGUGCUUCAGAGUCUUCCCGAUCCUACAGCACGCGCAUACCUGCAGCCUCCUGUCGUACAGCGCACAUUUAGACCGUUUGCACGUGAAAUGUCACGCUGUCACAUCAUAUUCUUAUAAUAUGAUGAGCUAUUAAACUUGCCAUACGGCACCCUAUGAUGCAUCCUUUGAAAUAAUACGAUAAAUCUAACGCUUUAGGUUCACGACACAUAAAGAGCCACCUGUCCGGGAAUGUAGCGGACACCGUCCGCUCCUGGGCUCCUGGGCUCGCGAGAACUCCCUUCCCUUCCUUGUUGACUGCAUGGCGCUCUGGCAACGAGAUCCCAUUAUGCUGUUGGCCAGCCAUCAUGGUCCUGCCUGAGGGGCGACAGGACUUGUCAAAGUGCAUGAGGUCAGCACCCAGACAAGAUGGGGACAGAGAGUUACACUCAGCAGCUCCAGCUGGAGACAAGUGAUGGGGCUGGUACGAUGGGUAGCAUCACCAGGGUGGAAGGGCCAAUAGGAGAAAGUGUUGACACUGGGUGGCACAUGCCAUAUCCUGUCGGUUUCCAGGUGUCACUUACCUGCUUUCUCUUACUGGAGCUGGUGCUGGGCUUUAGCAGUAACCUGACAGUGCUAGUGCUUUACUGCUCCCAGUCCAGCCUGGUCGAUUCUGUGAGUAACAUGGUAACGGUCAACCUACAUGUCCUAGACAUUGUUGUGUGUGUGCUCUGUGUGCCAUUAACAAUUGUUGUUGUGCUGCUGCCGACGGGUCGCAACCUGGAACUUAUCUGCUGCUUCCAUGAAGCUUGUGUCACAUUUGCAAGCAUCUCCACAGCCAUUAAUGUACUAGUCAUCAGUUUGGAUCGCUAUGACAUCUCUGUGCGGCCUGCUAACCGGUUCCUCACUCCACGAUGGGCAGCGCUCCUGUUGGCUGCUGUAUGGGCCGUGUCUCUUGCAGUUUUCUUUAUCCCAUUCAUAGAGGUGGACUUUUUCUCAUCAGAGCCAGAGAAUGGGUUGGCGAGCAGCACCUUGGCACCAGUUUGGCGUAACAGGACACUACUUUGUGUGGGAGGACAAGGUUAUUACUCAGCCCUCGGAAUGUACUACCACAUCAUACUGCAGGUGCCCAUUUUCUUUGUAACAGUAGUGGUCAUGCUCUUUACUUAUUCAAGAAUUCUUCGAGCACUCAACAUUCGUAUUGGAUCGCAUAUGAGGAGAAGUCAGCGUCGUAGCGGAACAACCUGUAGAGUGCGAAAGAGGAGACAGAAAAAAAAGGGGGGCUCAGCAGAUAUUGAGGGAGGAGCCCAAGCAACUAACCAGACCAAGCAACUGACACAUCCUCCGCUUAUCUCCUCUCCAGUUCCAACCCCAACAGCAACCUCACCUCCACCUCUGUCCUCCACCCCACUGGUUAGUGCCAGCACUGUGACACCACCUGCUCCAGCCGUAGGUGUUCAGGCUUCGGUUUCAGCUAUCAUUGCUCUUCGCAGAGCAGUAAGGCGGCACAGAGAUAGGCGAGAGCGUCAGCGACGGGUCUUUAGGAUGUCCCUCAUUAUUAUAUGCAGCUUCUUAGGCUGUUGGGCACCUAUAUCUGUGGCAAACAUUCUCAUCCUGUCUCUAGGUCCCAGUGAUGCUCUUGUUCGAGUGCGGCUGUGGUUUUUGGCCAUGGCCUAUGGCACCACCAUAUCUCAUCCAAUGCUGUAUGCCUUCACAAGGCAGAAGCUCCGCCGGGCUCUCAGGGCCAAAGUAAAGAAGAGGGUGGUGUCCUUGCUACAAGUGGACCCUUCCCCAGGUGGAACUGUCAUCCACAAUUCCUGGGUAGAGCCAAGACAGGGACGUAAGUUUCGUUUAGAAGGCAGUGAUGCUACAGAUCGGUGUCUAACAGAACCACUUUAAAAUCAAGCAUCAAGAACAUUGGUUCGUAUAUUCGUCCAGUAAUGACAGAACAUCAAGAAAAGAAAUUGUGUUGUGACCUUAUUAGGCAGAGUUUAAAGUGGGCUGCCCCUAUUAAAUAAAGAGGUCACAAUGAACACAAUCAGUGGACUAAUAAUCAGUGGGUUCUUUGCAAGUUUGUGCAGAU